AGAAUCCACAGACAAAUCUCAUCAAAUUUGAACUUUUCAUUCAUUGUUUUCGUAAUUUCAUCGUACGAUUGUGUGUUUAUUUUAAAAGAUUUAAGAUGGAUGUAAUUGAUUCAAUCAAGAAAGAUAAGGCUUAUUUGAAAUGUAAACUAGUGGUCAAGAAUUGGGAGAAAGAUUUCAAGCUCAAGUAUUCUCGUACCCCUUCGAAAUUUGACAUCAAAGAAGCACCGGCCAAAAUUAAGUAUGCCUACAAGAAGUAUUUUCAGUUAAAAAGUGCUGCACUAGACUGUUCUCUGAAUGUUUGUGACUUUGAGGAAGAUAAUAUGUGUUCUCCUGAACCGGUGCAGAUCGUUGAAUCAUUUACACCAGAUGCAAUGAGUCCUGAAUCAAAACAGUUAAUGCAAACGUUACCAAGUGGGCAUGAGCUAGAACAACUACUAACAAGUGCAGUUAGCUCACCGAAAGAUAUCAAAAUAGUGACUAAAGAGGCUAAGCCAUUAAGCCCAUUCACUAACAAUUUGUCUAAAAAGCUAUUUGAGACACGGAAAUUCUCCAUCAGAAACCCAAGAAAGUUGUUGUCCCAGAAAUCUCUUCAGUCACAAGAAAUACUAGUGGAUCAAAGUUUCAAUAGCACACAAAUUCAACCUGACCAUGAAACAGACCCUAAAACAUAUAAUAGUGUAAAUUAUGAAAUGAUUCAACCAAAUAAAUCAGACAAUAGUAUUUUUCAAUCAAAUAACUCAGACAAUAGUAUAUUAUGUAAAUCAGACAUGUCAUUUGAUACAUUAGAUAGAGUUGGCAUUUCCAGUUAUGAAAUAGCAGCACAUCCAUAUGACAAAGUAAAACCAAAUAAAGUGAGACAGAUUAGCGAAGCAUGGCUCUCUCGUGCGAGUGGCAUUGAAUGUAAAGAAAAAGAGAAAUUGCCAGUCAAAGAGGCUUUUGGUAUGAGUAAUAUUAUAGCACCUAUUGUUGAUAAACAGAAUGAUUUUGUUGAUAAACAGAAUGACUUUGUUGAAAACAGUGAGUCUGAUUCUGAUGAUCAGGUCAUUGCUAAAUUGAAACCUGCACUUAAGAAGAGGAAAAUUGGUGAAUCACCUAUUUCUAAAAUAGAAAACAAGGCUUCGAGUAGUAGUACUAAGAGCAAUAAAUAUUCCCAAGAUGAAAAACCAGAACCUAAGAAAAGAAAAUCAAAACCAUUGAAAAAACCCAAAUAUGAAGAAGAAUUACAAAAACCUGACAUUGUGGAGUUUCUUCCUUUUGGAAUAGAACAAGAUGUUACUCCAAGAAUAGCAAACAUGUCUACUGUUCUAAAAGAUAUAGAAAAAAAUAAUGCAAGCAGUAAGAAGUCCAAUAGUGAUAAAAUCCAGUCAACCAGUGAUAAACUAGAGAAGAAAAUAAAAGAUGGCACACUUAAUGAGAACUUUGUCAGGAUAAAUAUAGAAAAAAAAGUUUAUGCACGGGGUAAAAAGAACAUCAGUUUUUCAAAAUAUAAAAAACAGCAAUGGAAAGAUAAAAAAGCUUUGCAUGCUGGUAUGGAGUUCCCAGAAGGAGGUAAAGUAAAUUGCUUCAAAUGUGGGCAGACCGGUCAUAUGGCCAGAUACUGCACAGCACACAGGGGUGAUACGCUUCUUCCUCUUAAUGAUAAUGAUAAUGAAGAGAAUAUGCCAACUCUAGAAGACAUGGAGAACAUUGUGGCCUCUAAUACGAAACUUCCUAAACAGUCAGCUACUGAAGAUUUACUGCAAACUUUAUAUACACCUACUGCAGUACCCGAAGAAAUUUUAAAGAUAUUGGCUGAAACUCCAUGUAGUAGUGACAAAGAUACUAAUGAAAUAAAACCAGUGUUUGAUUCUGAACAGACAACUGAUGAACUUUAUAAUGUCCUGUCAAUGUUUGGACACACAUCAUUCCGGCCAGGCCAAGAAAAAGCUAUAAUGAGGAUUUUACGUGGACAGUCCACAUUGCUUGUACUGUCUACAGGAGGUGGCAAGUCCCUCUGUUACCAAAUACCAGCCUAUAUUUACAGUCAACGCUAUAAAUGCAUUACACUGGUAAUUUCCCCAUUAGUUUCAUUAAUGGAAGACCAGGUUCUUAGCAUGCCAGACUUUUUGAAAGCAGGAUGUCUGCACACAAACCAAUCACCUACCCAGAGGCAGAAAAUUAUGCAAUUGAUAAAGGAUGGAGAAUUGAACAUACUCUUGAUAUCGCCUGAAGCUUUAACAUCAGGUGACAUGUCAGGAUUUGCUGGAUUGUUUAAAUCAUUACCACCCAUAGCUUUUGCUUGCAUAGAUGAGGCACAUUGUGUGUCCCAGUGGAGUCACAACUUCAGACCAAGUUAUUUAAUGAUUUGCAGAGUACUGAGAGAUAAAUUGAAUAUUAACUGCAUUCUUGGACUCACAGCCACAGCUAGUCAAUCAACUAUAAAAAGUGUUAUUGAGCAUAUAAGUAUUCCUGAUGGCCUUCAAGGAGUUAUAACAAAUCCAACUCUACCAGAUAAUCUGCUGUUGUCUGUUUCCUUUGAAAAAGAUAAAGAUAGGGCUUUAAUAUCUUUGUUAAAUUCUGAGGAAAUAAGUGCAUAUGACUCCAUAAUAGUUUACUGCAUACGAAGAGAUGAAUGUGAAAGAGUCGCCGCAAUACUGAGGUCCUCACUGCAGCAGCCUGGAAAGGAAAGCAUGGAAAAACCAAGUAAAAAACGUAAAAGAAUGUCUUAUAUUGCAGAAGCUUAUCAUGCUGGCAUGUCAGCUGCACAAAGAAAAAAGAUACAGAAACAUUUCAUGGAUGGAGUUGUAAGAAUUAUAGUAGCAACAGUAGCAUUUGGGAUGGGUAUAAACAAAUCGGACAUCAGAUGCAUUAUACAUUACAACAUGCCCAGUAGUUUCGAAUCAUAUGUCCAAGAAGUAGGGAGAGCAGGGAGGGAUGGCAAACCUGCACAUUGUCAUGUGUUCAUGAGUAGAGAUGCUAAUGAUAAAAAUGAAUUAUUAAAACACAUACAUGCCAAUACCAUUGACCGACCUACAAUCAGGAAAUUAAUUCAAAAAAUAUUUGUAAAAUGUGAUUGCAAAGAAAAAGCUACAAGCACAGAUAUGAGAUGCAAGGGGCAUGAAGUUGGUAUCCCUAUUGAUCAAACUGUAGAGGAAUUGGACGUGGCAUCUGAAAAUAUCGAAACUUUGUUGUGUUACCUGGAACUCCACAAAAAGAAAUACAUCAAAGUUCUCAACAAUGCUUACACCAUCUGUAAAGUUAUGUCAUAUGGAGGCCCACAAAAAAUAUUGGACGCUGCUAAGUCAUGCCCCCCAUUGGCUAUGGCAUAUUUAUUAGAAAGCAAAAAAGACCCUGAUGUCACUAAAAGUAACAUUUUGGAAUUCCAAGUGAUUGAAGCAGCAGCAGCUAUUGGCUGGGACAGUGGCAUGUGUAAAUAUCGCCUGAAAAAUAUGGAAUGGUUGACAGAGAAUGGUUCAUCCCGACGUUCUCAAUUAAAAAUUGAAUUUAAUACACUAGGAUUUAGAAUAAAAGCACCUGGAGACUUAGAUCCAUCAGAAUUAGAUGAAAUGUUAGACGAUCUUCACGGCGGUGUCAUGUCACAAGAAAAAGCCAAGUUGUAUCAAUUGGAAGAGAUCAACAAAGCAUUUCGUGAACUAGGAAACUACUCUUUACAACAGAAGGAACUUUCAGAGGGAAAUGAUUUUCUGGUUGAGAAGUCUAACAAACUAAAAUCGAUAAUCAAGCAUUAUUUUCAAAGGGAGGAUAACAUUGAUAACAACAUUGUUUUGGAAGAACGGCCUUUAGAUGAAGAGCGCGUGGCAGCCGACGCCCGAGCCCUGAUAGUCUCAUACAAAGACUGCAGCUUCACCGGGCGCAGUAUUGCUAGAAUAUUCCAGGGCAUACAAUCCCCGAACUAUCCGGCUCUUGUUUGGGGUAGAUGCAAAUUCUGGAGAUCACACCUUCAUGAGGAUUUUUAUGGAUUGAUACGAAUUGCCACACAACAAAUUAUACAAAUGAAAUAGGGACUUUUUUGUAAUUAAUCACACUGUUUUAAAUGAAUUAAUGACAAUAUAAUUAUGUGUUCUUAACAACCUUGUUUCAUUUAGCUAAGCAUUUUGGUUAGGUACCCACAGAUUUAGAAGUUAGUUAGAAUAGUGAACACAGUAGUUAGGUUGUAAAAAUCAUUUAUUGAAUUCCAUCGUAAAUUUUGUGGUCAUGCUCAUAAAAACGUUGUAAGAGAAACUCGCAUUGGAACACAUAAAAUACCUAGUCGGUACCCAGUGUAAUGUCUUAGAUAAGUAAAUAAAUGUUGUUAGGCUAAUUGUGGACCAAUGGGGUGUUUCUCUUACACUGUUGUGUGUAGGUAGAACGCGCGCAAAUAAAGAAACAAUAUGGAAAUGGACGUCGGCCCUAUCUUAUCCUAUCUCUAGGUCUGUUAACACUCCUCCUUUCUUCCACUUAUGUGGGUCCCGCCAUUUUAAUAUUGUAUCUUUAUCAGCGCAUAUUAGGUAUAAAUAAAAUUAAUUAAAUAUUUGUUUUAAUAGAAGUCAGUAUUACACUUAGAAAGGCCUCUAGUAAAAUAGUAUCUCUGACUCAGUCUUAAUGCCCAGGCUACACGAACAUAGUAUUUAAAGCUAGCAUAGUAAGAUAGCCUGUAAGUAUUUCUGGCUAUCGGAAAUGAAAUUUGUAUUGUCUACACAAAAGCCAGCCUAUCCCUAGCUUGCUAUCUGAGCUUGAAAAACUAGCCUCGUGUAACCCGGGCAUAGAAUCAUAGUCCACAUAUUAUUUCAUCCAAAUAGAAUCUUAAACUGUCCAUUUGUAAACCUACGCUAACGAGUAUCUUAUGUAUUCCUUUAUCUACGAACAUAACGCAUUAAUUCAAUAAAUAAAAGUUACAUAAUUCGAUUGGUAGUAGCUACAAGCUUGCUUUGACCCAACAGUAACCUAUGUUUUUUUUUUUAUCAUGUACAUAACAAACCCAUGAAUACAGGAUGCCAUUUUAUCAGUGAACUUCCCGCCAGUAGUUCAAUGUACCUACCCAAAAAACCUACAAACAACAUUCAUUUAUUUAUUUAGGAAAAUCAACAGCGUUAAAAAAGUUACAAGGUAAAAUCAUAACAGUAAGGCCAAUUACAGAUUUCCUCUAAUAUUACUGUAUACAACUAUACUGUGAACCUAACACACUGAUUAUGUAUAG